AUGCUACAUUACAAGCGCUUUUGCCAUCCUUUAGCACUGAACAUCAAGAGGUCGCGAAAGAAGAUACAGCGUGGCGAACCACCCCAGAAAAUUUCAAAGCUCGCGAUUGCUGCGGAGACAGAUGAAGAUCGCUACGACACAGCAAUACGAGUGAUUUGUUACGAGUGCCGCUUGGAUGACAUUGAUGCAUCCAGUGGCAGCCUUGCAGUCGUGGUAGAUGGGGUAAUGAAGGCCAUGACCUUCUCUAGGAAGGAAGAGAUUAAAGCCUGGGAGCAAGAGUUUGUCCCAUGCGAGCAUACGCUUUGCUUAGUGCAACAAACUCCUAAGCAGAUUGAUCAGUUCGGGGGAUUGGGAGGAAAUUCACAUGCGCUUGCGCAUUCUGACUCAACCUCGCAUGCGGUCGCCGUCAAGCUUGGUUCAAUAACUGCUGAUGGGAGCGCGGAUAUAUACUGUUACAAGUGCAAUGAAGAAAGGACAGACCCGGACCUUGCUGCUCACCUUGCUCAUUGGGGAAUCAAUCUGAGCGCACGCGAAAAAACAGAGAAAAGCCUCAUGGAGAUGCAAGUUGAGCACAAUAUGAAAUGGGAGUUCUCGACCACAUCUGCGGAUGGUCACGAGCUUACCCCGUUAUUCGGGCCUGGGUUUACAGGUUUGACCAAUCUAGGAAAUAGCUGUUAUCUUUCGAGCGUGGUACAAUGCCUCUUCUCCUCUCCAGAGUUCCAAAGAAGAUAUUAUCAUAACAGCAAAGAGCCACCUUUAUCUCAGCAACCCGCUGAGGACUUCGAGACGCAGAUGAGAAAGCUUGCUGAUGGCAUUCUUUCUGGGCGUUACUCAAAGCCCAAUGCAGACGUGAUUGCCUCGCCUGACUCUCCCGAAGUGCCCCAUCAAAAAGGGCUAUCGCCAGCAAUGUUCAAACAUCUCAUCGGUCGUGGUCAUGAAGAGUUCUCAACCAUGAGACAACAAGAUGCGUUUGAAUUCUUACUUCAUCUGUUCAAACUGAUUCAACGCACUCAAAGCCCCGAGGGCGGGGGCAAUCCCAUUGAUAAUUUUCGAUUCGCUGUUGAGCAGCGUCUACAGUGUCUGUCCUGCAAAGGAGUCCGUUACAGAAUAGAUGAGCAGGACAACGUCUCUAUUCCUGUUCCUGUGCGUCGACAGCUGGGCACUAAUAGCACAGACCCCUCUGCGGAUUCGGAGUUCGAAUCAGUGACCCUCUCUGAAUGUCUCGAUGUUUUCACUGCUAAUGAAAUCGUUGAGCUCAGCUGUCCGUCCUGUGGAAACAGCAAUGGAUUCUCGAAGCGUUCGUCAUUUAGGACAAUGCCGCAGGAACUAGUGCUAAACGCCCGACGAUUCGAAGUCGUUAAUUGGGUUCCGAGGAAAUUGGAUAUCCCAGUGAAUGUCAGCGACGAACCACUGGAUUUCAGCCCAUAUGUUGGCUCCAUGAAGGAGGAAGGCGAAAAGCUCCUACCAGAAGACGAUCCAUCCGUUAGUGGCUUCUCGCCUGAUCAGAACAUCUUAAACCAGCUUCUUGCCAUGGGUUUUCCCAAAAUUAGGUGUGAAAAGGCGCUACAUGCGACCGGCAAUUCAGAUACCGAAGCUGCCAUGAACUGGCUGUUCUCUCAUAUGGAUGAUCCAGAUAUCGAUAUACCGCUUGUGGUCAGCAAGGUUACUGGCCCCGCCAACAUGGCCCUACAGGAUCCAUCGAAAGUAAGUCAACUGAUUGAAAUGGGUAUUGAUGAGGAUCGAGCCCAAAGAGCACUGGCUGCGACAGGGGGCGAUGUGGAUCGAGCUCUUGAUUGGGUAUUCAGUCAUCCCGACGAAAGGCCUGAAUAUAAAAGUGGUGAUUGUGACUCUGGUUCUCGGCUUCCCGGCUUUAACGAAACCCCGGCUAUAUAUCAACUUCGGGCCAUUGUUUGCCACAAAGGUACAUCAGUACACGCUGGACAUUAUGUUGCAUUUGUGCGAAAGACGCUGCCGGGCCAGGAUAACCCUUCCUGGGUUAUGUUUAAUGACGAGAAAGUCGUGGGAGUUGAUGAUAUUCAAGAUAUGAAAAAGUUUGCCUAUCUAUACUUUUUCUCUCGAGUCGAGGCGUGA